CUCGUUUUGCCGCUGACACCAUCGCGAUGAAUGUGCGUCUCAUAGUCUCAUGUGUUUCGAAUGUUUCCAAUCCUUCUUAUUCUUAGCGGCGGUCUCAUUUCGACGGUAGAGUCGUUGUACGUGCGCGGAAUAUGGCGGAUCGUCUCACGCAAUUGCAAGACACUAUAAAUCAGCAAGCCGAACAUUUUUGUAACAGCGUAGGUAUUUUGCAACAAUAUUCCACGCCGAGUAAAUUUCCCGGUUUCGACCGCGUGGGAACGCCGCAACCACAUCAACCUCAGGAAGAUUAUGCGGCACUGUUUGCGACGCUCAUAGCGAGAUGCGCCAAGGAUAUCGACACCCUUAUAGAAAGUUUGCCGAGUGAAGAAUCUUCGCAGGAGUUGCAAGUCGCGAGCCUUGGCCGCCUCGAGCAAGAGAAUCGAGAAGCCGGCGAACGAUUGGAAGAAGUGGUCCGGCAGGGAGAGUCUCUAUUGCAAAGGAUUCAAGCCGCUCUCCAAGACAUCGCUCAGAGUCAACUGGACAUGCAGGAUCCCGCCGCGUCUGCGAUUGAUGUUCGUCUUAACGUUGACGCGACGAUGACCGCGGCCGCCGCCGUGACGCUCGUCAAACGAGAGAACGUUCAAUCGGUGGUGAACAAUACCGUGUCUUCGAACGGUACGCAACAUCGACUGUCGUCGACGGCGGCAGAUCCUUCGCUCGGUUCUGUCGAUCAAUGACCACCCUGACCAUCUCUUUCAUGGCGACUCGAUUGUGAUUCGUUCCGAGUGACGAGUGCGAGAUAUUUUUUCGUACGGGUAAGUGUAAGAAAUAACGUAAGCGUUCGGGUAGAGGAACGAUGGUGACGACGUGUCGACUCGAUACGACUCGCGGUCGUAUCGAUGAGGUGCGGAAAGACGGGGCUAAUCGCGUUGCGACAUGAACGCGGUCGAGUCGAUCGCGCGACGCUCUUUAUUCGAUUACUUUUUCAAAAGAUUUAUAAACGUUUCUCUUGGUA